UCUUGCGCAGUCUUCCCUUCCAACAACGCUCCCCGCUUUUUUCUUUUUAAUUUGAUGCUGAACAUGAAGCCUCAUUGAAAACAAACCCAUUGACUUCCCCCCCCACCACCCUUGACAUUCAAGUGACUGAAUGGAGAAAAGAGCUACUAACAUGUCUGGGGGCUGAUUCGCUUUCCCUCCCCUCCGCUCCCCCCCUCCACUCCCCUCCGCUAAAUGAAUAAUCCCCUAAAGGAGAUUCUGUAUUAAAAGGGUGGGGGGGACAGAGGAAAAAAAACAAGCCACGACCUUCUUUCUCUGCCAUCUCUUGCUCGCUCUUUAGUUUCUCUUUCUGUCUGUUUCCCUCUAUUUGCAUCGCUCCGGACUAAAAAAAGGCAAGAAAGGGAGGAGGGAGGACGGGAAACCGACCAGAAGACACAAGGAGCAUAAUGUUGGCUGUUUGAAGAAGUGCAGUUGAGCUCUUGGUCUGUUGCUCAGCUAACGCAAUUUUGACAAAAGACCCUUAAAAAAUCACCGUUAUCACUUUUCCCUUAUUCCGAUCCAGCUUAUUUUAAUUUAUUUUUGUUUUUUAAAUAAAACCUCUGAGUGGUUUAUUAUUAUUAUUAUUUAUUCUCUAGUCCUUUUUGCCAGACUUGGGUUUUCUUUUCUUUUUUUCUUCUGGAUGCCUUGGAUCUGUGAUAUAAACCAUGUUUGGACUGAAACCGCCUCUGUAUUACUUACCAGGCAUGAGCCAUGAGCCAAAGUCACCUUCUCUAGGAAUGCUUUCAACUGCGACCCGGACCACCGCCACAGUCAGCCCCCUGACCCCCUCGCCUCUCAAUGGCUCCCUUGUGCCCAGCGGCAGCCCGGCCGCCAGCAGCUCCUUGCCCGUCCAGUCCGCGCCCUCCUCCAGCUUCGCCGCCGCCCUGCGCAAGCUCGCCAAGCAGGCCGAGGAACCCAGAGGGUCUUCGAUAAGCAGCGAGUCUUCUCCAGUUUCUUCUCCGGCCACCAACCACAGCUCUCCUGCAAGCACACCCAAGCGAGGACCGAUGGGGCCCCUCAUUGUCCCGCCAGGAGGGCACACAGUGCCAAGCACGCCCCCCGUCGUGACCAUCGCCCCCACCAAGACUGUGAAUGGCAUCUGGAGGAGCGAAGGGCGGCAGCAAGAAGCUGGGUCACGGAGCAGUGGUGGAAACGGCGGCGGCGGCAGCAGGGACCGCCUGAUAGCUGAGGCACCGUUACCCCAGGAGAAAGCGAGUGGACCAGCGGUUCCUUCUCAUUUGCUUGGGACUCCAUACUCCUUUGGAAUCCCACCCAACGCCAUUGUGCAAGACUCCCGCUUCCCACCUCUCAACAGUCUGCAGCGGCCUGUCCACCACGUGGUGCCUCCCAGUGCGGUUACGGAAGACUACCUGCGGAGCUUUCGACCCUAUCACACAGCGGAGGAGCUCCGCAUGUCCUCCCUGCCUCCCAUCACUCUGGAUCCGGCGACGGCUGCGGCGUACUACCAUCCCAGCUACCUUGCUCACCACCCCUUUCCUCACCCAGCCUUCAGGAUGGAUGAUUCCUACUGCCUUUCAGCUCUGCGCUCACCUUUCUAUCCAAUUCCGACUCCUGGUUCUCUCCCACCCCUUCAUCCAUCAGCCAUGCACCUCCACCUGUCAGGAGUGAGGUACCCCACCGAGUUGUCUCACUCGUCUCUCUCCGCCCUUCAGCCUGAACGCAUAUCCAGCCUGACUGCAGAGAGGCUGCAGAUGGAUGAGGAGCUAAGGCAAAGGGAGCGCGAAAAGGAGCGAGAACGGGAAGCCGAUCGCGAGCGAGAGAGGGAACGGGAGAGGGAACGUGAGCGGGAAAAGGAGCUGGAACGUGAGCGAGAAAAAGAGAGGGAGCGGGAGCGGGAGCUGGAGAGACAGCGGGAGAGAGCCCGGGAGAAAGAACAGAGCAUCGUGAAAGCCAUGGAAGGCCCCUUCUUACCGGUGUCAGAGUUGCAUGGGAUAAGAAGCCAUCCUCCAGAGGAGCGUGUCAAACCAUCUGAGCAGCUAACGCCAAAUCGAGCAGAGAAGUCCAAGGAUUCUUCUGCUCUCCAGACCCCCAAGCCAGUCCAGCAUCCUUUGCACCAGUCAUCUGCCUCGCACCAUCCAGUGCCCAACUUAAUUUCCAACCACAGCAUCUUCCCCCUGCCUGGAAGCAGCACAGCCACGGCCCUCCUCAUCCAGCGCACCAAUGAGGAAGAGAAGUGGCUGGCGCGGCAGCGGCGGCUGCGGCAGGAGAAGGAGGACCGCCAGUCCCAGGUGUCGGAGUUCCGACAGCAAGUGCUGGAGCAGCAUUUGGACAUUGGGCGCCCCCCCGGCCAGAUGGACGUGGAGCACCGACCAGAGAACCCCCGAUUGGGACCAAGCCGCCCUGAAGCAACUAGCCGAGACCAACCACCGCAUUUUGGAGGGCCCCCUCCACUCAUUUCCCCCAAGGCGCAGCACCACCCUGUGCCCACAUCGCUCUGGAACCCUGUCUCCUUGAUGGACACCACCACUGAACCCCGAAGGAUACCAGACAGCCACCCUCUCCAAAGCCACGCCAGCCAGUAUGAACCCAGCCGGCAAGCCAUUCCCCUCGUGAAAGUGGAGCGGGUAUUCUGUCCGGAGAAACUCGAGGAAGGGGCCAGGAAGAGAGAAGCCCUGGACAAGUACCAGCCAGUCAGAGAAGCUGGGGGAACAGAGCAUGGGGGCUUUUCCCAUGGACCCUUCUUAGCAGAACUGGAGAAAUCCACACAGAGCAUUCUGAACCAGCAGAGGGCGUCUCUCUCACAGACUGGGCAGUUUGUGGAUGCCACGAGCAACAAGCCUGGGUCUCCUUACAGACCUCCCUUGCCCAGGGGCCAGGAUCCCAUGUAUGUUUACGAUGAAUUCUUGCAGCAACACCGCAAGCUUGUCAGCAAACUGGACCUGGAGGAAAAAAGGCGGAGAGAAGCCCAGGAGAAAGGUUACUAUUAUGAUCUGGAUGACUCCUACGACGAGAGCGACGAAGAGGAAGUACGAGUCCAUCUGCGAUGCGUUGCAGAGCAGCCGCCCCUCAAGCUGGACACCUCCUCUGAGAAACUGGAGUUCUUGCAGCUCUUUGGACUGACCACCCAACAGCAGAAGGAAGAGCUGCUGACUCAGAAGCGGAGGAAAAGGAGGAGGAUGUUGCGAGAGCGGAGUCCGUCCCCACCAGUGGUCCAGAAUAAACGCCAGACCCCCUCUCCACGCUGCGUGCUUUCAACGCGUUACAGCCCCGAUGACAUGAACAACAGUCCCAACUUUGAGGAGAAAAAGAAGUUCCUCACCGCCUUCAAUUUAACUCACAUCACUGCUGAGAAAAGGAAAGAUAAAGAGAAGCUGGUGGAGAUGUUCCAUGCCAUGAAACAAAAAAGUGCCUCCACAGCGCUGCCAGUGAAAAACUCCCCGCGGGACAGUCCCAGUAUCGUUCAAGCUGAGCCACAAAUACAGCAAACUGCUGUGGAUUCAGAUAAACCAGUCAGCACUGCUGCUGCUUCUCUGCCAGACACUCCGAAGACAGCUGAGCCCUGCAGAAUAGAACAGCUGAAGCCGCACGAAUUUCUAAGAGCCAAGGAGCCUAUUUCUGUCUCCGUUGAGAAGCCCAGGUUGAGUGACGGGCUCACGGCCAAAAAAAGCCUGAGCAUCCUCAACUACGUCCGAGGCCCUUUGCCGAAGGACAUCCCUGUGCCUCUGUCACACAGCAUGAACGGGAAGAACAAGCCAUGGGAGCCCUUUCUAGCCGAGGAGUUUGCACACCAAUUCCAUGAGUCUGUGCUGCAGUCCACACAGAAAGCCCUGCAGAAACACAAAGGUAAUGCAAUGGCACACUCAGCUGAGCAGAACCAUAAAGUUGAUGCCUCCAUCCAUUAUAACAUUCCGGAACUGCAGACCUCAAGCUGGGUGUCUCUGCCUCAGCAGAACGGCCAGAAAGAUUCCCAGCAUAAAGGGUUUAUUCCUCCAGAACAUGACAAAAUCUCUGACUCCGAAGAAGACAAUGGGGAAGAGGAGGAAGACGAGGAGCAGGAGGAGGAGGAGGAGUACCACCGCAGACCAAAAUGGCAUGGGAUAGAAGCAAUCUUUGAAGCUUACCAGGAACAUAUAGAAGAGCAAAACCUGGAGCGGCACGUCCUGCAGACCCAGUGCAGACGCUUGGAGGCCCAGCACUACAGCCUCAGCCUGACUGCGGAGCAGCUGUCGCACACCAUGACGGAACUGAGGAACCAGAAGCAGAAGAUUGUCUCUGAAAGGGAACGACUUCAGGCCGAGCUAGAUCACUUGAGAAAGUGCCUUGCAUUGCCUGCAAUGCAGUGGUCUAGGAGUUACUUCAAGGGGUAUCCCAGGUGACACUCCCUUGCACUAGGCCGAACAUAUAGUAUAGAAAUAAUAAUCUAUUUUAUUACCUGGAAUAUUUAAUAUUUUUCACUGGGAGGUUUGAAGCUUAAAAAUAAAAGAGAAUGUGCCAUGCAUGGAGCAAAGGAAUGUGGGAUCCAGGAAAAUCCAAAACCAUCUCUUGAAAAGAUGCAACCGUCUUUCUACACUCUGCAAGUAGCCCGCUUGAACACUGGUUCAGUUAAUUUUGAAAGGGUUAUUUUCCUUCUGCUUCCUCUUUUUUUUAAUCUUGUUUUUAAUCCAGAGAGUCCACCAAUGACACUAAUGUUCGCCUCCCGCUGAAGGGGCGGGGAUUAUCUCCAUACAUAAUGCUCCUUUUUUGUUGCCAUAUGAAUUCAGUUGAUGUUGUUUGGAUCUGUACAUUUUAUUUGUUCUGAAACACACAGUUUUGCAAUCCAUGAGGAUGCCAGGUACACAUCUGCUUCUGUUAGAAUGAACUGGAUAUUUUGGAUACAAAAAUAAUCGCCUGCAGAGUAACAGACCCAGCAGAAGAAAAUGCAGCUUCCAAACUUGACUUCCCAUGCAUCAAUCAGCUUUUUGCUGGACAUGCACUUCACUUGAAAAAUAAAAGUGAAUAAAUAAACUGAAGGUACCGUUUUAUUACUGGGAAGGGGAGGAUGUACAGAACAGUGAUAUACAUACAAUACACACAGAUUAUGUACCCCAGUGGGUAGAAUUUUCAUACAAAGAUUUUGCAAUUAAAGAGUUGAAAAAAGGUGCUUCAGCCUUGUACUGUGUAUAUAUUUAAAAUGUUUUGUAUGUUUUAUUACUUUAAUUAUUGUUAUAAAAAGCUUGCCAUUUUCAA